AUGGCACCUACUAAUGCACAAUCACAGUCAUCCCAAUCGCCAGAGUCAUUUCAAGAUCAACGACUGAACACAAAAGAUUUGGAGAAUGCACUUGAUCUCGCCUUAACGCUUGGGAAACCACGGAAUGAAGAUAAUACGUUUAAGGUCUUUGAAUAUCUUUUUGAUGCCCGAGAUGCCUUAUUUAACCUUCUUAAUUCCAACCAAGAGUUUCAGAAAUUUGCGUCAAGUGAACUUGGGAAUCGUGUCUAUGCUCAAGUACUGAAGGCACUUGAUGCCGACGGGGAUGGACGUCUCACUCCACGUGAUUUUCAAAUUUUAUACGAUCGCGAUCUUAAGAAUAUGCUCCGACGUAAUGAGAGUACAUUAAAUGCCGUUCUUCCUUUGGCAGGCCAAUGUGCUUUUGGUUUCACAGUGGGUUAUUUUGCUGGUAGACUGGCAUAUCGUUUAUACCGCAGUAAAUUUAUUAUAAUUUCCACCAGUGUGGUGGCAUACAGUGCGCUGCAGUAUCUGGCACAGAAAAACUUUGUUAACCAAAAAGUGUUGGAAAAGGCAUUUCAAGAAAAGUUAAAAGAAUUGGCAGAUGUGAAUGGAGAUGGGGUGUUGGAUAAAAAUGAUAUUGAAUUUUUGGUUCAGAAUCGUUUACGAUAUGUGACUACAAAGUUGGGUCCUGGUGGUAUUGCACCGGGCGCCGUUGGAUAUGCUACACUUGGGUUGGGCUUAUUGCGAGGAAUGCGACGCAUCUGA